AUGCAGGGCAGAGCAGACAACUCUGUUCGGAGGAAAAUGGAGGAACUUAGAUUGAUAUGCGACAGAGAAAUUCCGAUUCAGCAGCAGAGAAUGGAUUCCGCCAUGGUCUCCUUUUCAAAAUCGCUUGAAUCUUCUAAGGCCAAAGCACAAGAAGCUGUUCAAAACCAAGGGAAACUAGGGAAGCUAAAAGCUCACCUGAGAGAUGCGGAGGAUGAUUUGGUGAAAGCUCUUGCAGUGAAAACCUGUAAAGAGGCAAAGCGGCUGGUCACAGUGGACUCCAUAGCUGCGACAAAAACUAGAGUAGAAGAACUUAGAAGAAUUGUGGAGGAUCAAAGGGAUAGGAAAGAUAAAUAUGCUGCAAUAUUAUCUCAACAAUCUGAAGCUUUGGUAGCAUGUGAAGAAAAGCAUGAUGAGGGCACUGAACAUAGAGAACAAAUAGAAGAAGCCAUAUCGUGGUUCAAUAAGAACCUUGGUUUCUGGAUAGAAUCUGGACAUGGUGUAAAAUUUAUAUUCUCUAACAUUAAUGUGAAGAAUCCUAUUGAGCAAUACUCCUUCACCAUUCGGCAUGAAAAUGAUAUUUACACUUUGCUCGACUGUGAUCCACAUCUUAAUGACACUAAAGAGUUGAUCAAUGAGUUGAAUAGAAGCAAUGGACUAUUCAAAUUUGUCAGAAGUAUGAGAGAGAAGUUUCAAGAAUCGGCAGCAUGUGAAAUUUUUCCUCCAGCUACAUCUAUUGAUCAGGAUUCUUCCAUAAUCUCUGUAUCUGCCCCAGUUUCUUCAGUUUCGACUGACAGAAGUGAAUCUCUAGCCAAGACAACAGAGCUUCAACUUGGAGAAAACAACAGAGCUUCCAGGAAAGUUAAUCAUGGCAGAGGUGGUAAACAAGCAAUUCUGUCUCCCGGAUCUGCUUCGUCACUUCGCCGAUCCCCACGCUUUAAGAAGGCAUCUGUGUGGAAUGUAAUCUCUUAUGGAACUACAUCAGGGAGGGAUUGGAAUUGACCAUGAUAUAGUUUUGUAAAGUUUUUUCCCAUUUGGUUUUGUCUAGAGAACUCCACCUGCAUUGUUCUUCUAGCCUCAGACAACUUGUCCUACAUGGAAUUAACACUUGUGUCAAGUGGAGAGCCAGAGGAAAACUUACUGUCAGAUCUUUAUGAACACAGAAAUGUUAUUAGAC